AUGCGGACGCUCCUCCCCUCCCGCUGCUGCUCCCCCGCCAGGCUCCACCUGCUGCUCUCCGCGCUCUGCUUCUUGACCCUCUUAUCCCCAGUAAGAAGUGGUAUGGGUUCUGCGCAAAACCACUGUCUCAAUCUGGAAGGCGUUUGCCGAAGAGACACCUGCAGAACGACAGAGGAUAUAAUCGCCUACUGCAAGAGAAGGUGGAAAUGCUGUCGCGCAUGGUGGAUUCUCAUGCCCGUUCCAACGCCCGCUAUCUAUUCAGACUAUGUAGACCACGUUAAGCCUAAGAUAAAAUGA